CAGCGCUUCAUUUCAGAGUUGGAAAUGGCGGGGGGUGUUGUGCAGCGGUUUGGGAAGUGGUUUUGGAACGAAGAUGUUUGGUUGCCGCCGAACUUCACAUGGGCGGACAUUAAGAAGACGGAUAAAGUAAAAUACGCCCAGUUUGACGACCUGUACUACGGAUUCCUGGUGGCUCUAGUACUUCUUGUUAUACGCUAUACGCUCGAAAGGCUGGUAUUCUGCCCGUUGGGUGUGCGGCUGGGCCUGCGACAGCGGGUGCACAAGGCCCCUGAUAACCAUGUGCUGGAGAAGGCAUACCUCACUAAUGGCAAGAUGGGCACCAAGCAGGUGCAAGGGCUGGCCCGCCAGCUCGAGUGGACCGAGCGCCGCGUCCAACGCUGGAUUCGGCAGCGCGUUCUUCAGGAGAAGCCCUGCACCUUGGACAAGUUCACUGAGAGCACGUGGAGGUUCACAUUUUACUUCAGCAUAUUUUGCUAUGGAUUGUACACACUUUCAGAUAAACCAUGGUUGUGGGACACAAUGCACUGCUGGUACGACUAUCCUCACCACUCUGUCACCAAUGACCUCUGGUGGUACUACAUGAUCGAGCUGGGGUUCUACGUGUCACUGACCAUGUCACAAUUUAUAGACACCAAACGCAAGGACUUCUGGCAGAUGUUUGUCCACCACAUCCUCACCAUAGUACUCUUGUCACUGUCAUGGGCCUGCAACCUGCACCGCAUAGGCAGUCUGGUGCUCAUUGUGCACGACUUUGCUGACGUGCCACUCGAGGCAGCUAAAAUGGCCAAGUACGUAAAACGUCAGCGCCUUGCAGAUGCUGCCUUCGCUGUGUUCACCAUCUGCUGGUUGGUGUCCAGGCUGGGGCUCUACCCAUACAGGGUCAUCUACUACACUAUGUUUGAGGCGGUGAAGGUGAUUGAGAUGUUUGCUGCCUACUACAUCUUCAACUCACUGCUGGUCGCCCUACAAUUCCUGCACAUAGUCUGGACUUGGAUGAUUGCUCGAAUGGCGCUGCAGGCCAUUACAAGCAAUGGGGUCAAGGACUUGCGCAGCGAUGAUGAGUCAAGCAGCCAGGAGGACGAGAAGACUCCUCGGAACAGCCAUGAGUCUGGCGACUUCAAACGGCACAAGAGCCGUAAAGCCGACUAGAGCCGAGCCAACCAUCAAGAAAAGGGCCAUGCACGAUCCCCCGUGACAACUGCCGGCAUGCAUUGACACUUGCGGCUCUGCACCCCCUUUCAGCCCCUCUUUUCUGUUCUCCCCUCUUGCUAGGAGUUUUUUUUAAACAUCUUUAGAUGUUUGUUACAGUAAGUUGAGUAGGGAGGGGUAGGUCUAGAUGAUACUCGAAAAGAACGCAGGCUCAGGGUCAUUGUGUUUGAAUAAGAACCGUGUACGUGUCUCUUUCUUGCCUGUGCAAGGAAGUUUAGGGGGUUCUGCUAUUUCCUUUUCCUGGCUUGCAACCACGCUGCAAAAGCUUAAGGUCACACCAGCGCUGGCCCAUGUUGAAAAUAACAAGGUUAUUGAUGUCUGCUACAUCACUAUGCUUAGGGCAUAUGUGUAGUGCAUAUGACCUCGGGAGGGCUUUCCUCGAGGCUCUGAAUUUACCAUGCUUUAGUACAUCCGGUGGUUACAUCUGUAAGGAUUCUGUACAUUUUAUUCCUGGAAGGAUUGGUCUGCUCAUGUGCAAAUGAUGCAGAUAAUCCUGCGUGCCUCAGGCCAUAAAACUAUUAAGGAGUAUGAUUUUUAUUUAUUAAUAUAUUUCCCCCCUGCUUGACUUGAAGCAGUUAUGGACACUGAGUACCAUUGGAGUACAGAAGGCAGCCUGAACAUGAUCAGCUGUAUGCUCAUUUUCAGAGUAGUGAAAUGUGCCACUCAUAUUCAAGUAGACAAGUAUUUCACUGUUGUUUAGUUGUUUGGAAUGACAUUGCAUACGAAGUAGCUCCUGCAAACAAUAAGCCUGCAGGGUGUGCUAUAUGGCCUUAGGUGCCAGGCCGGACUAAAUGCCAGGCCAGCCUUUUACUCUUGCAGCGUGGUUUUACGAUGUCCUGUCUGGGUUCCCUAUUGUGUUGGGCUGCACAGCAGGCAAGUCUGUUCUCCCCACCACCGCACGCGUGACGCCAAUCUGGGCAUCCUACUCUGUGUCCACUUCCUUGCAGAGUGCUUUGCCCAAGUGGCUGACUAUGGUGUCAAGUCUAAGCUGGGUUCCACUCAAGUUUGCGAGGCAAAGGGCAGCUUGCAUUGAUUGCGAAUGUCACCAUUUGUGGUGGCAUUCAGUGCCAUAAACUCUGAUGUGUGUGUGUAUUAAGACAUUGCCACGUGCCAAGCCAGCUCCUUGCUGAGCAUGAAAGUGAUACCCAAGGCAAAGCAGUUGGGGGAGGCCUCUGCGGCAAGGAGGUGGUCGCAGAGUGAGAUGUGCCCCCUUCUGAAGAAGUAGGCAACGCGGGUGGUGCGGUGUGGCUGGAGCAGGAGGGCAGCAUGUGACAAGCUGAGUGCACGCCCACGGGGUGGCCCCUCUUGCUGCCAGGAGAGGUGGGCCGUUCCGAUUCUUCUGUCCUCGUUCUCUGUCCUCUGUGCUGCUGCACCGUGGGUUGGAAGGUUUUCUUGAACAGCAAGGGUGGCCGGACCUAUGGGCUUCUGUCAUGCAAGCAGUGCUGCAAGCUCGUGUUUUUUAGCCUUUCAGACUGUUGAUUUUAGAUUACUUCAAGCAUAAGGUUUUGCAGUAGUGUUUACCAGGUGUGCGGUGAAUCAACAGGACCUUUUGGAGUCCGUGCUUUGUUGCUAAUGUGAGGACUGUGAGUUGGCAAGACUCGACAGUGUGUUUUGUUUAGGAGAUCAGCAACUGAUAGUGGUUGUGAUGCAGAUAGGAAGGACUGUACCGCACAGUUGUCUGCUGAACGCUGAAUGCCUUGCAGUGCUGCUUGCAUUGUGGGGGGCCCCUUUUCUGUUGCUGUUGGUGCGUCGGUUUGCUCGAGACGGGCUUCUAUGUGCCUAGUGCAGCAGGACUUUUCUAGAUUCUGUUACUGUGACAGCACAUAUCUUCAGAAACCCAGGAGGUCCCAGUAAUAGUUCUGCAGCUUUUGCCAAGGCACUCCCCAGAGCUUGUCACUACUUCAGAUCUGGGAUGUUUUGUGUUUAGCUAGUUGCACACUGCCCUGGGUGGAUGGAAGGAUAGAAGCUACAGGGCUUGGUCAGGCUACUUUAACCUCUCUUCGAAGGUGCCGUGACCUCUUCUCUGAGCCUGUACACUCCGAGCCGCAUUGGUCUGUGGCACUUCACCGAAGCGGGUCCUUGAGGAGCAGAAGGGGGAGUAGUGGCUCUGUCGCGAGAGUCGUUUCUUAAUCGUGGCAGCAGCUCGCAAGAAUGAUUGUGCCCCAUUUGUGUGCAGUUUUGUUGUGUGCCUGUGUUUCUCCCUCCUCUUUUAUUUUUGUCUACCAUUCAGUAACGAUGCUUUUGUCAUUGUCUAGCAUAGUGAAAUUGGAACCAAAGAGUAUUUUUGUAUUUCUGCUGCUGCAACACAUGUAUGUUAUUCUUACCUGCUUUUGCCUGUGUGUUUUCUUUGGCGCAUCGCGUACCUUGCACAGUCGUCGCGGUGCGCGCUCAUACGCGCACGCACAGACAAGUACUUGUGGCGAGCGGUCCACGGCGGUUUGUUGGUUGUAUAUGAGAGGAGUCAAUUAGUGUGUAUAUGGAUUUGUACGCUGCCGCCGGCCUGUGUAACCAUUUGGCGGCAGCAGCUGCAGUGUGCUAGACUGCGUCCCGUGCGUCGCGCUUGAAACCCAGACGGCUGCGGCGACGCGCGCGCGCCCGAGGUGUUUUCUUUCUCUCUCUCUCUCUCUCUCUCUCUUUUUUUUUUUUUUUUGCACCAUGGGGGUGCGUGUGUGCAGUUCCUUUUCUGUUACUGCCUGUGUGUACCACGGUCGCGACCAGAGAAGGGGCGCGAAAGGAGCCCUUUGUGGGUCAAGUUGUUUGCGGACCACGGUUUUCUCGCGCCUUCUGUUUCGAAGCAGAGUGGCUGUUACCGGUUGCGUGCGGUGUGUGCCACUUGUGUUGGUGGUGAUGGACCAUCGUCGGGUCACACUCGUCCGCCGCAACCUAACAGGUGCGCACCUGCCUGCGCGAGCCGUUCCUCCGCGCGUGGCCGCGUUUACCAGACGCGAUGUCAUCUGGACGCGCUGUCUGGACCUUGUUGGUGAUUGGCGGACGGCGCAGCUCCGCCCUACUUCUAAGUGGCAGCCAGGGUGGAGAGUCAAAACCAUCUUUUACACCCUCGUUUAAAGCAGCGUGUUUGGCUGUCCCGAUCGGCGUGGACGCCACCGUCUAGCUUGGAAGUGCGGCCGACGUUAGCCGAGGGCGGAACUGCACUGGACGUGAGCGUCAAAAUAACGGUCCGAGAGAGGCCUGCCCGCAUGGCGUGUGUGUGUGUGGUCCAGACAAGCAUUCCUGCGUCAUACGGCGCGCCAGUGCCGCGUUUUGUUUUUGUACCGCGGGUUCGCCGUUGCUGCACGCCCCCCCAGCCUGUGGACGGCGUCUGUGGAAUAAAGGCGUUAACCCCCUA